CCAGUGGAGCCUCUGGAAAGGCUGCAGCCCUCAUGGACCACAAGCGGGGUGCAGGCUAGCAGCGUCGGGGUCCGCGGCCACGCGCUCUCCAAAGGACCUCCCGAGACUGAGCGCGGGGCUGAGAGCGCGGCCGGAAGAAGCGGCGGGUGGCCCCGGCGAAGGUCCGAGCUUGCCAGGUAGGGAGUAGGCAGAUGGCCAGACAAAGUUGAUCAGUGCGGGAGGUGGCUGGCCUGCGCCUUCUCGCCGCUGGGAACCGCCGAGCGACUUGAACUCGACCCCGCCGCGCCGCGCCGCGCCCCGGGCGCGCGGUGCAGCGCUGAUCUGCUGCUGCCCCGCGCGGGAGCGCACUUGCAAACUUGGUGGAGGUGCCCUGCGCGUCCUGUUGUGUAACCUCCGCGCUGCCAGCUGGACCGGGAAGUUGCCUGCCCGUCCUUCAGCUUGGUUCAGUCGCAACCUCGGGGCCAAUUUCAUGGCCCGCGACGAACGCGCGGCUAGAGCCGGCGUGGGCGAGCCCCCGCGCGCCCCGACCCGUGGGGAACUCCAGCGCGCCGUCCCUUCCCCUCGCCCGCGCCUCCGAUGCGCGCUGAGCCCUUCGCCGCUGCCGCCCGCUCGCUGCGGUCUGCCCCUCCGAGUUGCUGCCUGAGUUGGAGAGCAGAGGAUGACCGAGGUCCCUUGGCCAGCUGUCCCCAACGGGACGGACACAGCCUUCCUGGCUGGCCUGGGCUCGCCUUGGGGAAACAGUACAGUAGCUUCCACGGCAGCAGUUGCCUCUUCAUUCAGAUGUGCCCUGACCAAGACCGGCUUCCAAUUCUACUACCUGCCGGUGGUCUACAUCUUAGUGUUCAUCAUAGGCUUCCUGGGCAACAGCGUGGCUAUCUGGAUGUUCGUUUUCCACAUGAAACCUUGGAGCGGCAUCUCCGUGUACAUGUUCAACUUGGCUCUGGCUGACUUUUUGUACGUGCUCACCCUGCCAGCUCUCAUCUUUUACUACUUCAACAAGACUGACUGGAUCUUCGGGGAUGCGAUGUGCAAGCUUCAGAGAUUCAUCUUCCAUGUAAACCUCUAUGGCAGCAUCUUGUUCCUCACCUGCAUCAGCGCACACAGGUACAGCGGCGUGGUGUACCCGCUCAAAUCUCUGGGCAGGCUCAAGAAGAAGAAUGCCAUUUAUGUCAGCGUGCUGGUGUGGCUGAUUGUGGUGGUGGCCAUCUCCCCCAUUCUCUUCUACUCGGGCACUGGGAUGCGGAAAAACAAAACCAUCACCUGCUAUGACACCACCGCCGAUGAGUACCUGCGAAGUUAUUUCAUCUACAGCAUGUGCACAACCGUGGCCAUGUUCUGCAUCCCCUUGGUGCUUAUCUUGGGCUGCUAUGGAUUAAUUGUUCGAGCUCUUAUUUACAAAGACCUGGACAACUCUCCUCUCCGGAGGAAAUCCAUUUACCUGGUAAUAAUUGUCCUGACAGUGUUUGCUGUGUCUUACAUCCCUUUCCACGUGAUGAAAACUAUGAAUCUGCGGGCACGGCUGGAUUUCCAGACCCCAGAAAUGUGUGCGUUCAAUGACAGGGUUUAUGCCACCUACCAGGUGACACGAGGUCUGGCAAGUCUCAACAGCUGUGUGGAUCCCAUUCUUUAUUUCUUGGCUGGAGACACUUUCAGAAGGAGAUUGUCCCGAGCCACCAGGAAAGCUUCCAGGAGAAGUGAGGCCAAUUUACAAUCCAAGAGUGAAGAAAUGACUCUCAAUAUCUUAUCCGAGUUCAAGCAGAACGGAGACACCAGCUUGUGAAGGCACCAGACCCAAACACCUCCCUUUUGUAACAUGGUAGGAUGCUCACAGAACCAACUACCUUUUUGUUCUCCUUAAGUUUCUAGUGCUCCAGAUCAGACAGUAGUGAGUUGAGAGAAAAAAAAAAAGGAAGCAUCGGUUUAUUGCACGCUCACGUUUAUCUUCCUUUCCUGUAAGCUCCUUUCUUACUCACUAGGAGUCUGUGUAAUCGAGCAGUGCCACCUAGAUAAACACGCCCUCUUCUCCCUUUGAAACUCACAGGCACGGCUAUUAUUUAAGUAUGUGCAUGAGUAGCAGGGCACUUUUGAUGUUAAAAGUUUCUCCCAGAAAAACUGGCCGCCUGGAAUUGGAGUUUGUGAUUUGUCCAGCCUCUGUUGCUGUGUGUAUCUCAUGGUGAAAACAAACUAAAGUCUCUACUUUCAAAAACUGCUUGGCCUAGGCUAAUGCAAUACCGGUCAGUCCAUUCAGUAAUGAGCAGCUGCCUGCGGUCCAUGCCCUUCAGUUCCUCGGAAGCAUAGAUGGUGGCUGAUAAUGUCUUUGGGGAAUUGAAAAGGAAAAUAAAAUCAGUGGACUUUUAUGUGUG